AUGGCCCAGCCACCUCCCGCCGAGGACUAUUAUAACCUAGGUGAAUAUCGUCGCAGUGUGACCACGACGAGCGAAAAUGCCCAGCUUUGGUUUAGCCGGGGCUUGAUCUGGGCCUACGCCUUCAACCAUGAAGAAUCUGCCUGUUGCUUCGAAAAGGUCGUCAAAUUCGACCCGACAUGCGCCAUGGGAUACUGGGGCAUUGCCCUUGCCCUGGGGCCCAACUAUAAUAAGCCAUGGCAACUAUUUGAUGGGGAAGAUCUUUCGUCUACCACGACUCGCGCCCAUCGCGCCAUUUUGGAGGCGAAGAAACAUGCUCACGCUGCGACGCCUUUGGAGAAUGCUCUUAUCAAUGCACUGCAGCACCGAUAUCCCCAAGAACAGCCCGUAGAGGACUGCACGGAAUGGGACAAGAACUACGCAGAGGCAAUGACAUUAGUGUACAAUGAUUAUCCGGAUGACCUCGACGUGACCGCGCUAUACUGCGAUGCGCUAAUGAAUUUGACUCCAUGGGGCCUGUGGGACAUCAAGACGGGCGAGGCCACACCAGGAGCCAAAACAUUCGAAGCAGAAAAAGCGCUGGAUCGGGUUUUGAAACGCGACGAGGCUCUCGACCAUCCCGGCAUCUUGCACCUCUACAUCCAUCUGAUGGAAAUGUCCCCCACACCUGAAAUUGCCCUACCGGUAGCGGAGUACCUUCGCGGCCUUGUACCAGAUGCCGGUCAUCUGGAGCAUAUGCCUUCCCACAUUGAUGUCUUGUGUGGGGAGUACAAACGUGCAGUAGCGGCUAAUACCUCUGCAAUUCGCGCAGACGAAAAGUUCCUCGCCAACCAGCCCAUGGGCCAUUUCUAUAACCUGUACCGCGCACACGAUUAUCACUUUCGGAUGUAUGCUGCUCUGCUGGGUGGCCGAUCGAAGGUCGCGCUUGAGUCUGGAGCUGAGCUCGCGCGGAUCAUUACCGAGCCUCUUCUGCGCAUCGAGUCUCCGCCGAUGGCAGACUGGCUGGAGGGAUUUGUCGCUAUGCAAAUGCAUGGACUUGUGCGGUUCGGUCGCUGGGAGGACAUCAUUACUAUAGAGCUUCCAAAAGAUGCAGAACUUUACUGCGUCACCACUGCAAUGAUGCACUAUGCAAAGGGCAUUGCGUUUGCUGCUACCAGCCGUGUCGUGGAAGCAGAAGAACAGCGAGAGCAUUUUCUGCGAGCAAUGAAGCUUGUCCCAGCUUCCCGGACGAUCUUCAAUAACCGUUGCAUCGACAUUCUUCGGGUCGGUGAGGCAAUGCUCGAUGGUGAGAUUGCGUAUCGCCGUGGCGAAUAUAACACUGCGUUUUCGUAUCUCCGGGACGCUGUUAAGCGAGAUGAUACGUUGCCGUAUGAUGAGCCAUGGGGCUGGAUGCAGCCAACGAGACACGCGCUGGGGGCGUUGUUACUCGAACAAGAUCGAGUUGAGGAGGCUGCAGCUGUGUAUUCUGCGGACCUUGGAAUUGAUACAUCUCUGCCUCGCGCUUUGAGACAUCCGGGUAAUGUAUGGGCUUCACAUGGGUAUCAUGAAUGUUUGGUUAAGAUGGGCCGGAAGCACGAGGCGCGUGCCAUGUUGCCGCAACUGAGGAUUAAUUUAGCGUGGGCGGAUGUACCCAUUAAAUCAUCGUGCUUCUGCCGACAGAGAACUGAUUAA